UUCCAGUUUAUGGUACACCACUUCCCCUUGGAAUUACCAGACGUGAACUCCACACAUAAUGGCAGUUUCCCUUUCCCUUAUGGCCUUAAAUAACACAAGUACAGACAACACAUCCACCAACUACACAAUGAAACUACGAAAUCCAGCUUCAUUCAAAUGCCAUCUUUCCAACCAAUGCAAGAAAAUAAUACAAAUCUUCAAAUUCAGACUUCGAAAACCGGUCUUUGUAAGAGCUCUCAAGUUUCGUCACCUGAAACCUAACAUCAAGAGGAGCAGACAUGGAGGGUUUCCUCUAUCAAAGAUCCUCUCACCUCUGCAUUCACUAUGGCGAAAGAGAGAGUCGACGGACGACCGAGUCACAGAGCUGACGAGCUUUCCGGAAUCCACGCAACAUAAAGCACCGCAACCCUCACCGCUCACCCCUGCAUACAUAAGGAUGAGUAGAGCCACUAAAAGGGAUGAGAAUGAGAUCGAAGAUGCGUGCAGAAGCUUUGAGAACUGUUUGAUAGAGAUGAUCGUGGAAGACGGGAGGAUGGCAGAUGUAGUGGAUGUUGAAGAGCUUCUUUACUGCUGGAAGAACCUCAGGUCUCCAAUCUUUGUUGAUUUGGUGUGCCGGUUCUAUGGGGAGCUAUGCAAAGAUUUGUUUUCCAGUAGCUGCGAGAAUUACGGUAUAGAAACGCCCAAGGGACUUCUGAGGUAGAGAAUUUGUUACCAGUUUUUGCUACUUUCUUUGUAACAUGGGAAUGUCC